UCUAACUUGACGUUUUGCGGUGUUGGAAGAAACAAACGAACACACCGUCAAAGGUACGCACCAGUUUCGGAUUCAUUUGAUCGUUAUCAUUCGAACCAGCAUUUAUUUUUCAAAUUUAUUAAUUGUUAACUUCCUUAUAACGUCAAAGUUAACUGGUGACAUUCACAAAUCUGUUAACGUGCAAAUCGCAAAAAUAUUUAAUAGUUGGAGUGUUGGCAGUAGGUAGUAGUAAGGUGAGAAGUUUCGAAGGGAAAAAUAAUCGUUCUUGGAACACAUUGAGAAUUGGUUGUACCUUGUUCACCUAUUAUGUCUGAAGCCCCCUUAAACAACAGCAGCAUGGAGCUGAAGAUUUACAAUAGUCUGACUCGCAAGAAGGAGGUGUUUACUCCUCAAAAUGGGAAAAAUAUCACCUGGUAUUCUUGCGGACCAACAGUCUAUGAUGCAUCCCACAUGGGACAUGCCCGUUCAUACAUGUCUUUUGAUAUCCUGAGAAGGGUCUUAAGAGACUACUUUGGAUAUGACAUUACUUAUGUAAUGAAUAUCACUGAUAUUGACGACAAAAUUAUUAAAAGAGCAAGGCAAAAUUAUUUAUAUGAAAAGUAUGCAGCUGAGAUGGGUGAACUUGAAACUCUUCAAACAGAUGUCAAGGAAUCUGUUGAUCGUCUUUCUAAGCAAAUGGUAGUAACUACCGAUCCCGACAAGAAAGUUAUGCAGGAGAAGAUGUUGGCCAAAGUCACUGCCGCGAUUGACAAAUUCACCGAAACAAUCAAGCUUGGUCAAGGAUUAUCCGAAGGAAAGAGCUUUUUGUUGGCUGAAGCAAAAGACGUCCUGAGCGAUUGGCUCGACUCGAAGCAAGGCAUGGAUGUUUCAGAUAACGCAAUUUUCGCUUCUCUUCCGCGACAUUGGGAAGAAGAGUUUUACAAAGAUAUGGCCGCUCUCAAUGUUCUACCAGCCGAUGUUAUUACGCGUGUUAGCGAAUAUGUCCCGGAGAUCGUGGAUUAUAUCUCACGAAUAAUUGAACGUGGACUUGCAUAUUCAGCAAAUGGCUCUGUAUACUUCAAUGUAUCAAAGUUCGAUUCGCAAAAGAAUCACAAGUAUGCGAAAUUGGUACCUGAAGCUUACGGUGAUUCAAAGGCAUUGCAAGAAGGAGAAGGUGAUCUAAGUGUCUCCGAAGAUCGGUUAAGUGAGAAAAAAUCACCUAACGAUUUUGCGCUAUGGAAAACUUCAAAGAGUGGUGAACCUUCCUGGGAUUCUCCUUGGGGGAAAGGACGUCCUGGGUGGCAUAUUGAAUGCAGUGUGAUGGCAAGUGCAAUUCUAGGGUCAUCAAUGGAUAUUCACACAGGAGGCGUCGACCUAAAGUUCCCUCAUCACGACAAUGAACUAGCCCAAUCUGAAGCCUACUACGAUAAUGAUGAAUGGGUUCGCUAUUUCCUUCAUACUGGUCAUCUGACCAUCCAGGGUUGUAAAAUGUCUAAAUCCCUCAAGAAUUUCAUCACCAUCCAAGAUGCGUUAAGUAGAAAUAGCAGCCGCGAAUUGCGCAUCUUUUUCUUGCUUCACCCAUGGAAAGAAACACUCGACUAUAGUGACAGUGCAAUGGAUGAAGCAUCGAGUUACGAAAAAAUGCUAAGGGAAUUCUUCUUAAAUGCCAAGGAUCUUUUGAGGAAUGGCCCGUCAUCAAAUACUGCCGCAGAAUAUUUUCAAAAAUGGAGCACAGCUGAGCAGGAAGUCAACACCCGAUUCGUCGAAACGAAAAAUCGAGUACGGGAAGCUCUCUGCGAUAACAUAGACACUAAAACGUCUUUGGACGCGAUUAAAAGCAUGAUAUCGGCUUGCAAUAAAUACCUGGCACAGCUGAAGCAAUCUGCCAACCGGGUUCUAAUCAAGGUCAUUGCCGAAUAUGUAACGCGGUUGUUCCAGAUCUUUGGCGUGAUUGAAGGCAAGCAAACCCUUGGAUUCCCCUCUGAAUCGUCUAGUGGAGGUACCGAUAAUGUUGAACAAAUCGUAAUGCCUGUCCUUGAAGCGCUCGCAGACUUCCGAGAAGAAGUGAGGAAAGAGGCUCGUCAAUUACGUGCAACACGCGUUCUCGAACUUUGCGAUCAAAUUCGAGAUGACGUUUUGCCUAACCUGGGCGUAAGACUCGAAGAUCGGGAAAAUCAGCCUCCUGCUUUGAAGCUUGUCCCACGUGAGGAACUGCUUAAGGAGAAAGAAGACAAAAGAUUGGCUGAGGAAGCCAAAAAAGCUGAGAAAGAACGUAAAAAGGCUGAAUUAGCAGUCAAAGAAGCCGAAAAGGAAGCAAAACGACGCAUGCCUCCAACUGAACUAUUCAGAAGUGAAACGGAUAAAUAUUCUGCUUUCGACGAGAAAGGGAUGCCAACCUUAGACAAGGAUGGCAAAGAAGUCAGCAAAGGCCAGCUUAAGAAGUUGGAGAAACUAUGGCAAGCCCAAGAAAAAGUUUAUAAAGCAUACUUGCUGGAGGUUUCAUCAAAGAAUGAGAGUUGAUGCAAUACAAGAAUAGGUUGGUGGGAAAAAAUAAGAUUUAUUAUUAAGAUGUAUUAAAUCAAUUCUAAAUACAAUCAUCCAUAUGGAUAUCAUCAAUAUAAA